UCUCACACACACACACACUUGCAGGAACGAGCUGUCCCUCGUUCUUUGGUGGGAUGCUUUUGGCACAGCAUUGCUGAGGAGGAUUAGUGGAAGAGGUUUUGUGUAGAGGAGCUCGGGACUUUGUGACAAAUGUCACUCUUUUGUUUUCCUGCCUUGCUUGCUGGAACACAAGAAAAUGGGACCAUGGUUAUGUUGAAGAUCUCCGCUUUCCUCGUUGCCUACGCCCUGGUCAUUUGCCAGAUGUACUGCUCACAAGCCGCCCCCGCCAGACCGGGUUUGGAGUCCAUGUCAGACCGAGUGAGGCUCACGGACUACGAGGCACGAAGGUUACUCAAUGCCAUCGUAAAGGAGUUUGUGCAGAUGACGGCCGAGGAGCAGCAAGCAACUGAUGGGAACAGCAGCGUUACAGCACAGAAGCGAGCCUGCAACACAGCCACCUGCGUCACCCACCGCCUGGCCGACUUCCUGAGCCGGUCGGGAGGGAUGGGCAACAGCAACUUUGUCCCCACCAAUGUUGGCGCCAAAGCCUUUGGCCGGCGGAGGAGAAGCAUCACAAUGUGAGCACCCUGAUGUCUUCAGGGAAAACGGUUGACACGGCAAGUAACCAUCGGGGAGGAAAAAAGGAGAAAAAACACAAGAAGAACAUAAAAUGCAGCAGAAAAUCAACAGUAAACUGGCCGUUUAUACACUCACUUAAUAGCAUUCUUACGUUAAAUAAUAAUAAUAAAAACAAAAAAAGUUUCCAUCUUGUCAGUGAACCUUUUUGCCUUUGGCAAACAGGUAAAAAAAAUAUUGAAAAAAAGCACUUUAGUUUCUGUACAGAACAAAUUACUUCCUUACUGUCUUUUUUUUUUUUUUGCAUCAAUAUCAGAGAAAAAAAAGACAAAAAAAACUAAAAAGUGUUCACCUCCUUACAUUUUGCUCCUUUGGCCUUGUCAGAGCACAUAACUCUGCGCCCCCCCUCGUCCUCGCCAUUUGUGGUCUUCUUUUCGUGUACCAUCAUAUCUCAACGCCAGCAGGACCCCCCCCCCCCAUUUAAAAUCAGCCUCCCCAGGACUGCCCCUCCCCCCACAACGGCUGUUGUCUUGUGCCUUGAUGUAGAACAAUUUACAUGAUUGUACAGUUCUGUGAAGAAGAGCCGAGCGCGAAUGGAGACAAUGGAUGAUGAAUAUUGUGAAAAUUAUUGUGAAAAUAACGAAGUUUCAGCAAGAUUAAAAUGUAUUUUAGAUACACUCGGGUUUGGGGUACUUGUGUUGUUCUUCACAGGUUUUUAAGGGGGCGACUAGCUCGGCCACAUUCUGAGAGGCUACAUACAUAUAUUUGUAUAUUCACAUAUUUAAAACUUUGUUGAUCAAUUAUUAGUGACAAAAUAUCACGACAAUUCCACCGGAACAGAGUGAUUCCUGAUUUGGGUCACGUGCACACAACAGCACAUAUGCACACGCUCUGUUGAGAUGAUUGGAUAUGUUGAGAAAUAGGCAAAAAGAAAAUAAAAAAACAAACUG